AUGAACGAUUACCAAUCAAACAUCACGAACUGCCCAUCCGACAAUCCUUUCGGUGGCACAAAUGUUGUAAGAAAACAAAGAAUUAACUUAAACGAAAAGGUAAGAACGAACAAAUUUAACGAUGAUAUAUUCAUCAAGCAGCUGAUAAAAAGAGAUGUGGGUAUGAAAAACACACCGACAAGAUGCAACACGAUGAACAUCUAUAGAAAAGUGAAGAUUGUCUCAAAGAAGAAGCUGAAAGGCAAGCAUGUAGAAUAUUUUAAAUUCCCUUUCAACACGAACAUAAAAAACGAUAGCUCAGAUCUUUACAGCCUUAUUUAUAUGGAGUGGCUAAUUGCGAUUACCUCAGCCUUCAAAAACUAUAGGAAUAGGAACGAGGAGUUUUACAUCAAGUUUUUGGACAAGUUACUUAUUUUUAGCACAGAUUUGUACUGCUCAUCCGCUUGCAAAGAAAUUCUGGAUCAACUUGAGAUACAAUAUGUAGAUGAAAACUCGCUUCUCAAGGUAACAGGCGUUGGUAUCUCUUUGAUGUAUGAUUACGUGAUAAAUUACGAACUAAAACCAAAGGACAGAAUGCCUUUCAUACUUUCCAGACAUAAAUUUACGAAUGCUAUAAGUUACGAGAGUAGGUUCACAGAGAGUUUGAUGGUUAGGGACAGGGGCGUGCUCAAGUGCUACUAUGUCAUCGAGGGAUAUCUCUAUGGCUGCGACUUUGCCGAAUAUUUCAAAGAAGAUGUUGCGGUUGAAUUUUAGCUAUCAAUACGGGAUUUAUACAUCUUUUAGUUUUUAAACACGUUGAAAUGCCCGUAUUACCCAAUGAAAGGACGUUUAACAUUUUAAGGAUCGAAACCAUCAAGAAAAUGAAAUAAGAUUUGAUCUUUGAAACUGUGAAAAGGACCAGAAGUGUUAAAUUUGAUGCUAUUGAGAUUUGAGUAAAUAAACGUAUCGUGGCCAUUA